GCGAUGACUGGAGAAAAAUUGAGAGAAAUAUUUUGAACCUCAGCUUCAGACAAACUAAUCAACCCAACUGACUUCUUCAAGAUUCGGUUGGGAUCCCAGACACCCAUUGCAGGGUCCUUCAACACAGGGGCUCAGGGCUGAUUUCUGGGUCAAGCUUGAAGGGAAUGGUAAGUGAUGCAAAGAUCGGUGUCAAAACCAGUCCACGACUAACACUAUUGCCUCUUGUUGCUCUCAUCUUUUAUGAGGUCUCUGGGGGUCCUUUUGGAGUAGAGGACUCAGUGAAGGCUGGAGGUGGCCCUCUUUUAUCUCUACUCGGAUUCUUGAUAUUCCCUUUAAUCUGGAGCAUCCCUGAAGCUCUGGUAACAGCUGAGCUCGCUACGAGCUUCCCCGAGAAUGGUGGGUAUGUUAUUUGGAUAUCUUCAGCUUUUGGUCCAUUUUGGGGAUUUCAAGAAGGAUUUUGGAAAUGGUUUAGUGGGGUAAUGGACAAUGCCCUUUACCCUGUAUUGUUUCUUGAUUAUCUAAAGCAUUCAUUUCCAGUGUUUAACCACGUAAUUGCUCGAAUCCCAGCUCUAUUAGGAAUCACUGUUUCGUUGACAUAUUUGAACUAUAGAGGAUUACAUAUAGUUGGCUUCUCUGCUGUUUUCCUUGCUGGUUUUUCGCUUUUCCCUUUCAUUGUAAUGGCAGUACUUACAGCUCCUCGAAUUAGGCCUAGACGAUGGUUAGCCGUAGAUUUUAGGAAGGUGGAUUGGCGAGGAUACUUCAACAGUAUGUUUUGGAAUCUGAAUUAUUGGGAUAAAGCAAGUACUCUUGCGGGGGAGGUUGAAAACCCAAGCAAGACGUUCCCAAAGGCACUUCUUGGGGCCGUUAUUUUGGUAGUUUCUUCGUAUUUGAUUCCUCUUCUUGCUGGGACUGGAGCCUUGGACUCACCUUCUGUGGAGUGGAGUGAUGGAUAUUUUGCAGAAGUUGGGAUGUUAAUUGGAGGUGCUUGGCUCAAAUGGUGGAUCCAAGCAGCUUCUGCAGUGUCUAACUUGGGGUUGUUUGAAGCAGAAAUGAGUGGUGAUGCCUUUCAACUACUUGGGAUGAGUGAGAUGGGAAUGCUUCCAUCUCUAUUUGCUUCAAGAUCGAAGUACGGCACGCCCACCAUUAGCAUUUUGUGCUCUGCGACCGGAGUAAUCUUCUUGUCAUGGAUGAGUUUCCAAGAGAUCUUGGAAUUUCUUAAUUUCUUAUAUGCUAUAGGAAUGCUUCUAGAGUUUGCAGCUUUCAUAAAACUAAGAAUAAAGAAGCCAGAACUUCACAGGCCAUAUAAAGUCCCCUUGCAAACAUUUGGUGCAACAAUGCUUUGCUUGCCCCCUGCAGUGUUGCUUGUUCUUGUGAUGUGCCUUGCGUCUGUAAGGACUUUCUUAAUAAGUGGUUCAGUUAUCAUUCUGGGUUUCUUCCUCUACCCGAUUUUAGUUCACGCGAAGGAAAGAAAGUGGGCACAAUUUAGCACAGAACGACCAUCACCAGCACCAGCAAUACCAUCCAAUGCCGGUGUUGAAGGGCAUUCAGUUGCGUCACAAUUGCCUCUACAAGAUGAAGAUCAUGAGGCCUCUAUGAGCCUUCUUUCAGACAUUUCAUAUUCGAAAAGGGACAUUGGGAGCUCUGAAAUGUCAAAGAUAGGACCAGACACUCCUGACUAGAGUGAACAAUCUGGUAUUAGACUAUUCUCCUCUUGAAUACUAGUAUAGCUUCUCCAUCAAAAACAAUGGCCUAAGGUGUACAGUUCAUGUGGAUAGUCAAAUAAGCAAGACUUGAUGAACAGAUUUGAGGCUUGCAAAAGUAGGGGAAAAAAAACAUUGUUUUGUACAUGGCAUUUCAUGAUAGAUGAACCCUAACAAUGUCAGGGACAUUAAUAAACAA